AUGGCCGACCAAGAUUUUAAAAGCAAGCUUCAGUUUGAAGACCCAGCCGAAGUAGUAGAGUUAUAUCUCGACAAACGAAAGAUCGUGAACAUUGCAAAUAUUACUAACACUUCCGGAGAUCGGAAAGACUUUACUCCCCUUAACGAACUGAUCAACCUAAAAUUACUUUCCUUAAAUUGUACUCAACUAUCUAACCUAGAUGGCUUUCCACCGCUACCAAAGCUUAGAAGACUCGCUCUAUCCGAUAAUAAAAUAGUCGGUGGUCUAGAAAAAUUGGCAAAUGCCAAGCUUGAAGAUUUGAACCAUCUUGAUCUGAGCAACAAUAGAAUAGUUGAGAUAUCAGCACUGGAACCUCUGCGUGCCCUGCCAAAUCUUAAACAUUUAACCUUGGUUGAAUGUCCUGUCACACAAAUUCCCAACUACCGGGAAGCAGUAUUCGAGGUUAUACCACAAUUGUAUUCUCUUGAUGAUGAAGAUCGAACGGGCAAAACGAUAGACUCAGAGGAGGAGAGCGAUGCUGAAGAAGAUGAAGACGAGGAUGAAGACGCCGAAAUCAUGCGAUUGAAUGGGCGUGCAGAGCUCCCUUAUUUAGAUGAUUCAGAGGAGGAAGAGAAUCAGGAAGUUGAAGUUAGUGAGGAGGAAGUUGGUUCUGGUUCUGAAACAAAUGAGGAAAUUGGCGACGACUCAAACGGAGAGCAAGAAACAAAUGCUAAUGAAGAAAUAUCUGAUAGCGAAGAAGAACAACAACUGGAAACAAGUGAAAUUGAAGAAGAAGAGCCUAAAGUUGAAAAAGUAUCUUCAAGAGAUAAAGGGAAAUCUGUAGCGUUUCGAGAAGAAGAGGAAGAUAACGAUGAUGAUUCCGAAAAAGCUGAUGAAGACAUAGAUCCAUCUCAGCGUCCUUCCACUAGUGCAGAAGAAGACGAUAUAGAUGACGAAGCUGAAGAUGCAUCGGAAUCAAAUCCGACCAAAAGAGGAGUAGCCGAGGAAGACGAUAAAAUACAAAACAAGAAGCGACGAGACGAAUAUCCAGAGCAAGAUCUCGCUGAAGAUGAACUUGAGCCGGAUCUUCCAACCGGUUAUGGCGCUGAAGAUCAAAGAGAAGUGAAUAUAGACAUUCAAGGAGGUGUUGGAAUCAUUUCGAAUGGUGUGGGUGGUGUUGGUAUGGAUAUUGAUAAGGGCGAAAAAGUUGUUCAAGAGAAAGAGAGAGUCACAACUCCAUAUAUGACAAAAUACGAAAAGGCUAGAAUAUUGGGUACUAGAGCUUUACAAAUCAGUAUGAACGCACCAAUUCUUGUUGAUCGUGAUAAUGAAACCGAUCCUCUCGAAAUUGCAAAGAAGGAACUUCGUCAAAAAAAAAUUCCUUUAAUGGUACGAAGAUUUCUUCCCGAUGGAAGUUUUGAGGAUUGGCAUGUUAGAGAGUUGAUCAUACCUGAUGACGAGGCCUAUGAAGAAAUAAAUAAACAAUAUGAAAGAGAUUCUUCUAAGCUUUAUAUUAAUUUUGAUAUUUGGGGUUAA